GCUCCGGUCGGGGGCGGGAACAGGAUCUGCCCGCGGGCUGGCGCCAAUAGGCUGCUGCAGAGACAGGGCGGGCUCUGCCAAGGGACGCGCCGCGGGGCGGUCCCUGCGCCUGAGCCUCUAAGAGAGGGAAGAAACACUCCUCCGAACUGCGCGUCGCUACGCGUAGGUUUGCGGCGCCGUCGACCCCAGAGGCGGGGCCGGAAGCGCUACGGUUUGACCCCCGAGUCCCUUGGUUCCCGAAGGGGCGGCCGUCUUUCUCCCGACCCGCUCUGCCUCCUCUUCUUCUCCCCCAUUACCCGGAGACCGAAGCCCCCACCAGGGCGGGGCGGCGCAGCUCGAGCUCCCGGACCCGGAAGAAGCGCCAUCUCCCGCCUCCACCAUGGAGCCCACCGCGCUGUCCCUCACCGAGGAGGACCUCACUGAAGUGAAGAAGGACGCCUUAGAAAAUUUACGUGUAUACCUGUGUGAGAAAAUCAUAGCUGAGAGACAUUUUGAUCAUCUACGUGCAAAAAAAAUACUCAGUAGGGAAGACACUGAAGAAAUUUCUUGUCGAACAUCAAGUAGAAAAAGGGCUGGAAAAUUGUUAGACUACUUACAGGAAAACCCAAAAGGUCUAGACACCCUUGUUGAAUCUAUUCGGCGAGAAAAAACACAGAACUUCCUGAUACAGAAGAUUACAGAUGAAGUGCUGAAACUUAGAAAUAUAAAACUAGAACAUCUGAAAGGACUAAAAUGUAGCAGCUGUGAACCUUUUCCAGAUGGAGCCACGAACAACCUCUCCAGAUCAAAUUCAAAUGAGAGUAAUUUCUCUGAAAAACUGAGGGCAUCCACUGUCAUGUACCAUCCAGAAGGAGAAUCCAGCACGACGCCCUUUUUUUCCACUAAUUCUUCUCUGAAUUUGCCUGUUCUAGAAGUAGGCAGAACUGAAAAUACCAUCUUCUCUUCAACUACACUUCCCAGACCUGGGGACCCAGGGGCUCCUCCUUUGCCGCCAGACCUGCAGUUAGAAGAAGAAGGAACUUGUGGAAACUCUAGUGAGAUAUUUCUUCCCUUAAGAUCACGUACUGUUUCACGACAAUGACACUUUAUUGCCUUUUAAUUUUUAAUGAUGACAAAAAAUGUUUUAAAAAAUAUGAAUCUUUUUAUAAAAUGACUGUAAUGAUUUGUUUACAUUUGAUACAUGUCUUUUAAAAUGCGAUGUAAGCAUACUUUGUAAAUAGGAUUUUUAGAAUAAAAAAGCAUACUUUUAAGAUAGCUAACUGUAAAUCAUGUUGAUCAUGUACUUUUUAGUAAUUUCUUUUUUUCCUUUUUAAGGUCUUUCACUAUUUUUUAAAAUAUUUUCUAUUUUAAGACUGAUUUUAAUAGGGAAUAUAUCUCUAUUUGAGAAUAGACUCUUACUGGGAAGAACAUUUUUUCCUCAGUGCAUUUGUGCUAGAAAUUUUCAGUCUAAUAGUCUUUGCCAGUCAUUCAGCAGCAAAUUUUCAGCAUUAAGCUGUUCCUGUUCAGUAAUAAAACCAAUCACUGAUGGGAAAACUGCCAAUAUAGAAAAAUAAAAAUAAAAAAUCUCUUUUCUACUCCAUUGUCUUAUAGGCACUUAAACAGCCUUUUUUUUGAUACCAGAGGAACACUUGAUGGAGUAUGAGCCACCUCAGAUCUCAGUUUGCCAACAUUCAUUUCUAAUUAACCUUACUAAUUAUACUACUUUGUUAGGAUUUUCACAUUCUUGGCUUAAUCAUUUUCAUUCUUGAAGACAAAUAUCUUGGCCUAAACCUCAGUUAUUACAUGUAAUAUGAUGAGGUAUUUGAGGUAUUUUUUUCUCUUUUUUUUUUUUUUGAGACAAGAGUCUUGCCCUAUCGCCCAGGCUGAAGUGCAGUGGCUCAACCUGGGCUCACUUCAACUUCUGCCUCCCAUGCUCACGUGAUCCUCCCUCCUUAGCUUCUCAAGUAAUAUAGCUGGGACUACAAGUGCGUGCCACCAUGCCUCACUAAUUUUUGUAAUUUUUUAUAGAGACGGGGUUUUGCCAUGUUGUCCAGGCUGGUCUUGAACUCCUGGGCUCAAGAAAUCUACCCAGCUUGGCCUCCCAAAGUCCUGGGAUUACAGACACAAGCCACCUCGCCUAGCCUGAUGAGAUUUUUUAAAAAAUAUUUUCUCUGUACUUUUCAUUCUCUUUUAAUGAGGACCAAUGUACAGUUGAAAUAACUAGAACAAAUUAUUUUUGGUGUGUGUGACAAUUCUGUUUUUAAUGCUAUUUGAAUAAGUGGGCCAUUAGCCAGAUUCGUCUUUUUGUUAUAUAACAAAAUUGAACUAAUUUUACACGUUUAUAAAUCUUACGCUCUCACUGUUUUUAUUUAAAUUACAAUUUAUCUGUUUCCUGACAUCUGUCUCCUAUAUAUUUCCAUUAUUAAUUGCAAAAACGUAGAAAUUGAAAUUUUCCUAUUAACAAUAAAAUUUUUUUUACUAAAGUAGUGCUAUUUUGGAGUUACAAAUUUUCAAUAGGCAGUAUCUAAAAGUUUUUUUAAUAUGUGCCAAUAUUUAUAAAAAACAUUACUUAAGAUUGUGAGAUCGAGUUGUAUUUCUGGAUGGACUGAUGAAUUUAUCCAUCAUGAAGAAGAUUGGCAUAUUAGCUUUAAAAUUUUUUAAAGAUUGGUUUUUUUUUUUAGUGUAAGCAUUUUCUAAGAAUUAUAGAGAAAUGUUUCACCUCCAAUGCAUAGCAAAAAUAGUGGUGUUAGAAAGAAAAUAGAUUACAUUUAAGGAAGGUGAUUUAAAAAGCAGAAGCAGACUUUAACAUUCAAUUCCUGGACACCUUUUUAAAAAUUCAAUCAAAGAUUAUAAUUUAGAUAUACAAUAACACCUAUAUAUAGAUUAGUUUUAACACUGAGUUUUCUUUCAGACUGUUUUCUAACUACAUAGACAAUAAAAUUAAGGUUGGC